UCGUGACUUUCUGUAUCUUUAAAACCACGACUACCUCAGUUCGUUACACUUUGAGACAAGAAGAGCAGGCACUGCAAAUCUGCAUGCGAUCCCUCAUCGUGUCCCAGGCUCUCAAAUUUGGCAGCAGACCCAUUGGCACGAGAACCAUGGCGCUGCACUCAGCCCAGGACCCGUCCAAGCUCAUCUUCGCCCCAGCCGGCAAAGAAGCCCACGGCCAAGCAGAGCAGUUCAACAAGGGCACCCUCACGCGGCUGGACCUCGACGCGCACUCCCCCGUGGCCCAGUUCCACGCCUGGUUCGCGGCCGCCCAGCAAGCCAGCGUCCCCGUCGAGCACCCAGAGACGUGCUGCCUGUCGACCGCCUCGCUGCCCUCGGGCCGCGUCUCGGCGCGCAUGGUGUACCUCAAGGAGCUCGACGGCCGCGGGUUCGUGGUGUACAGCAACUUCGGGACCAGCCGGAAGAGUAAGGACCUCGCGUCGAACCCGUGGGCCAGCCUGACGUUCUGGUGGGAGGCCAUGGAGCGGCAGGUCCGCGUCGAGGGCAGGGCCGAGAGGCUGUCGGCCGAGGAGAGCCAGAAGUACUACGACACCCGCGCGCGGGGCAGCAGGAUCGGCGCGUGGGCCAGCCGCCAGAGCCAGGUGCUCCAGCCCAUGAGCGAGGUUGCCGGCACGACGGAGCAAGCGAGGAGCGUGGCGGACGACGGGCGGCAGCAGCUCGAGGGCUGGGUCAAGGAGGUCGAGGAUAGGUUCGAGGGCCAGGAGCAGAUCCCCGUGCCCGAAUUCUGGGGCGGGCUCAGGAUCGUGCCCGAGUCGGUCGAGUUUUGGCAAGGACGGCAGAGCCGGCUGCAUGAUCGCUUCAUGUAUACUCGCAAGCCGGGCUCGGACGACAAGCCGGCGAGUGAGGCCGAGUGGGUGCUCGAGAGGCUGAGCCCGUGAGAGCGGGUCAUGGAUGAGCUGCAGAUAAAUGACAAGUUGGACUGUAUAUUGUUCUACUCCUCCGUAUCUUCUGUUGGCUUCGGAAUGCGCUCCCGUCAAGCCUGUGAGCGGCCACAUCACGCACAAAAACACCAUUUACGAGCUCAACUGGUGAUGGACG